AAAUAAAUUGAAUGUGAAGGCGGAGAAAGAGUUGCGGGAUCACAGAACCACAAAACCUAAGCCGCUCUGCAUCUCCGAGUCGUCUCCUCGGACGAAGACGACGAUCACAGAGAGAGAGAGAGAGAGAGAGAGAAGCGAGAGAGAUGUCGGCCUCAGGGGUGACCCAGCAGCACGAGGAAGACAAGAAGCCGAACGAUCAGUCCGCCCACAUCAACCUCAAGGUCAAGGGUCAGGAUGGAAAUGAAGUCUUUUUUAGGAUCAAAAGGAGCACUCAGCUGAAGAAGCUCAUGAAUGCCUAUUGUGAUAGGCAGUCUGUGGAAAUGAACUCAAUUGCAUUCUUGUUUGAUGGCCGCCGUCUGCGAGGUGACCAGACUCCUGAUGAGCUAGAGAUGGAGGAUGGAGACGAGAUCGAUGCGAUGUUGCACCAGACUGGCGGAGCUAGGACUUUGACUUAGGCUCUUCUUUCUGAAACUCUGUGGUCUGUAAAUAUGAUAUUAUGCUAUGUGAGAAUACCUAUAUUUAACAUCACCAGUAGUGGAAAAUACUAUGCUGGAGACUUUGCCUUAUGAGCCUUUUCUCAUAGGUGUCUUUGCUAGGACUCGUCCCCCCCAACCACCUGCAUAGUAACCUGGUUUGUCAUGCUGAAUUCUGAUAAUAGGAAGACUUCUUUAGCUGGUGCUUUUUUAUCAUUGAUUGGUACUUUCCGUG